AUAAUAAUAUUAAAAUGAAAAUUACGAAAUGUAUAAACAUUGAGAACAUAUAACACUCGAAAUAUUACCAACAUGCAAUCGACCACAAUAACAUCAAUUGUGAGUGCAAUAUAAAAUCAAUUAAUUGCAUUGCAGCAGCAUUGAGUUGACAAAAAACCGUCAAGCGCAUCGCAAACAAUCGGGCAGUCUUCAGAAAAUACAUACAUACUCGUACAUACAAAAGUAUACAAAGCAAAUCGUUGUUUAAUAUGCCACCUGCCACAGUCGUAUCCAAUACCCACUUAUGCUUGUACACAGUGGGUCUGCUACUUAUUUGGAUUAUCGUGAUAACAACAGCGGUGCCUUUUGAAAAGAAAGACCUAUAUACUGCGAAAUUAUGGGGCAAGAAUCCAGCACAAGAGCAGCGUUUGGAAAACAGUUGUAAGGCACUUUGUGGAGAAUGUGGUUGUAUGGGUUUUUACUGCGGCGAAGAAUGUCUCUGCGAGUACGAUAAGUAUAGCAAUUUUCAUGGAGGUUACCAAAAACGCAACAGUACAAAAACAAAACAAGCGUCAAAUUACGAAUGCAUUGCAUCAAUGCAGCAAGUAGCACAUACAGAAAGCCUACCUUUCGAAGUACUCAUUCAAGGACCAAGCAGUGAACGAUUCAUCCGCACGGCUGCGCAAUUCGAAUUGGAUACGGCGCGUGCAGCUGUCGCAUUGACGGGUACGCCUAAGAAACGCACUACCAUUUCCAUUUAUCGGCCGAAUAUGGCCACGCAAAGCAAUACACAGUUGCAGGCUAACGAAAGUCCGCAAGCUAUAAGUUUGGCUGCCGCUCGUCGUCGUCGUUCAACAGAGCCAUUAGACUGGUUUACUGACUUUGCCAACACUUUAGUGCGUCCAGCGCCGUUGCGUAGGCGCGAUGGCAGCAACAAGAAGCGCGAAACGCAGCGCAAGGAAGAUAAUGUGCCAUCCGAAAAAUCCAAUUCGUGGUUUAGUGAUCAUCCCAAUCGACUAUUACGUCCGGCACCGAUCUUUCGUAAACAAAAAUCUUCGAAAUCAGUUAAUAAGGAAAGUGAAGAAAGCGAAGAAAAUGAAACGAAACGCAAUUCGCAAGAAAUGUCAAUGGCACCCGUUGGAGAAGUAAUUAAAAAUACUAUACGGAAUUUUGAGGAAUCAGGAUUAGGUGAAGGAUUGCGUGCUGGACUACGUGAUGGCACCGAACUGUUGCAUAACACAUUUCAAGGUACCAAUUUAGAAUUGUUCCCAAAGCGUUUUCGUAAUGACUUUGCAGAGAUGCUCGAUGCGUGGUUGAAGAGUCAACAAGUUACCGAGGCUAGUAUGGAGGUGCCCGUUGUACAACCGCAUUCAGUGCAACCUGUUUUAAUGCCCUGGUUCCGUCCAGUACGCUUUUUACAACGCGUACAACAAGCGCUCAACUGAGAGGAGAGGUUUGAGGAGUAGUUCAAAGGGAAUCUAGAUAGGACUGAGAAUGUAACUGCAAAUAUGUACAUGCGUAAAUUUAGUAUAUUGUAUAUAUUUUUUAUUAAUAAAAACUGAAAAUAUUAUGUACACCUAAAAUUACUAUGGAUACUUUCCAAUAUACACAAGUAUUUUUUAUUGUUACUAUUUUUAAUAAUAAUAAAUAAAUUUUUAACGAA